AUGCUUGAUUAAACUAGUCCUUAAUCAAUCACUACUCAAAAAUUAUGUCUAAGAUUAGGAUAUGAUCCUAAUGAUCUGAUUUAUAAGUUUAUUAUAAACUCUAUCUCUUAGAUCUAUUGAGUAAUUCCCUUCAGUUUCAUCUGAAGUAUAAAUGAUGAAAUACAAUCAUUAUAAAAAUAGAGUUAUGAGUAUAAACAUAUAUUAUUAUUAUAGGAAUUAUUAAUGAAAUAUAAGCUACUAAAUAAAGGCAUAAACUUGGUGAUUAAUCCCUUAAGCAAAUUACUUUCAAUUAAUAAGAUAAUAAGUAUUCUAUCUAAUUCAUUAUAGUUUCUCCAAUCUCAGUGAAGAAAGUGUUAUUAUCUAAGAAAAAAAAGAGAAAAAAAGUUUAUCAAGACAAAAAAUAUUGCAAAAUCUUAUUUAUUAAUAAUUAUAAGAAGAAAAAAAGAAUGUUGAGUACCUUUAAAAAUAAAAUUCAAAAUUAUUACAACAUUAAAAUAUUUUAUUAAGAAAAAGUGAAACUAGUUUCUCUAAAAAAAGAGAUAGAGAUAGAGAUAGCUAUAAAAAUAAAUCUGAUGAAAAUACAGAUGAAUUUUAAAAAAGAAAUCAAUAUUUUAUUACAUGCACAGAAAAUGAAUCCAGAAUUUAAGAAUAAAUCUAAGGAAGAUUUUUAAAAAAAAAUUUUAAACAUGAAAAUUAUACUGAAAGAGCUCAUGAAAAAAGAAAAUAAUAAGAGACUUUAUUUUAAUAAACGAUUACUGAUAGAUUGAAUAAAUUAUAAUAAAAAGGUAUGAAUGAUUUAAUCAAGAAUCCUAGGCUUAAACAAAAGUUGAACUUUAUAAAAAAGAUAUGAAAAAUUAUUUUGCCCAAAAGAAUAGUCAAAUUGUUUUUAAAAAAGAAAAAAGAUCUUAAUUAAUUGAAUUUGAAUAGUAGUAAUAUAUUAAAGAAUAAUGUGAAAAAAUGAAAAAGUUUUAAGAAAAUAAAUCUUAAUUGAUUUUAGAAGAAUAAAAGAAAAUAAGUGAAAGAAAAGAAAAGUAUGUUAAAAUGCUAAGAAAAUGUAAAGAAAGCAAUUUCGAAUAAUAAAAUGUAUUAUUAUUCAUAUAAAUAAUAAGAAACAUUUAGAAGGUUUUAGCAAUACAUAUUAAUAAUUGAUAAAGAAGUAAGAACAAGUAAUUUAAAAUAAAGAGAAAUUACUUGAAUAGAAAUCUUUAAUACUUAAGGAUAAAUUAUAAUUAAAUUUGGAAGAUGUUGAAUUCAAUAGAGCUCAUGCUUAAAGGAUAAAAUUAAAUACAUAAAUUAAAUUAAAUGUUAAUAAGGAUACAAAAUCAUAAUAAUCAUUUAGAACUUCUGAUACAUGGAGACUAAAAACAUAAUUAACAUAAAAAGAAUCAGAAAAUUCAUUAUGGGAGAAAGCAAAGUAAGCAGCUUCUUUGUUUAAAGAUCCAAUAUUAUAUGAGUAAUAUGUUGAACAAUAAUAAUAAAUAUUGUUGAAAAAAAAAAAGUCAUUGGAUUAAAAAUUCGCUUAAGCUGCUUAAAUAAUAAAGGAAAUACUACCAAAGCAUGAGGCAGAGAAAUUACUUAUGCCAUCAGAAUUGAAAAGUUUUCUUGAAUAAUAGAGUAGAAUCAAAACUUAAAAAUGA